AUGGACGUGGACCUGGACGUAGACGUGGACGUGGACGUGGACAUGGUCGUGGACGAUGACGUGGACAUGGUCGUGGACGUGGACGUGGACCUGGUCGUGGACGUUGACGUGAACGUGGACGUGGACGUGGACGUGGACGUGAACGUAGACAUGGACGUGGACGUGGACGUGGACGUGGACAUGGACGUGGACGUAGACGUGGACAUGGACGUGGACGUGGACAUGGUCGUGGACGUGGACGUGGAUGUGGACGUGGACUUGGACGUGGACGUGGAUGUGGACGUGGACGUGGACCUGGUCAUGGACGUGGACGUGGACGUGGACGUGGUUGUGGUCCUGGUCGUGGACGUCGACGUGGACGUGGACGUAGACGUGGUCGUGGACCUGGUCGUGGACGUGGACGUGGACGUGGACGUGGACAUGGACGUGGACGUGGUCGUGGACGUGGUCGUGGACGUGGUCGUGGUCGUGGACGUGGACGUGGACGUGGACGUGGACGUGGACAUGGACAUGGACGUGGACAUGGACGUGGACGUGGACGUGGACGUGGUCGUGGACGUGGACGUGGACGUGGACGUGGACAUGGACGUGGACGAGGACGUGGACGUGGACGUGGACGUGGUCGGGGACGUGGACGUGGUCGUGGACGUGGACGUGGACGUGGACGUGAACCUGGACGUGGACGUGGACGCGGACGCGGACGUGGACGUGGACGUGGACGCGGACGUGGACGUGGACGUGGACGCGGACGUGGACGUGGACGGGGACGCGGACGUGGACGCGGACGUGGACGUGGACGCGGACGCGGACGUGGACGUGGACGUGGACAUGGACGUGGACAUGGUCGUGGACGUGGUCGUGGUCGUGGACGUGGACGUGGACGUGGACGUGGACGUGGACGUGGACGUGGACGUGGACGUGGACGUGGACGUGGACGUGGACGUGGACGUGGACGUGGACGUGGACGUGGACGUGGACGUGGACGUGGAGGUGGACGUGGAGGUGGAGGUAGACGUGGACGUUGACGUGGAGGUGGACGUGGACUGGACAUGGACGUGGACAUGGACGUAG